AUGACUAUUUAUCCAAUAUACCGACAUAUCGGCAAUAUUACCGACGGUAAUGGUAAAUUAAGAUUGAUGGAUCACGAGUGCGAGUUGGAUUUAAAUGUCGAGAAAAUUUAUAGUUUCCCUUGUAAAACACGAUGGGAACAAUUUUUACGGAUUUCACGACGAUUUUUUAUGGCAUCUAUGUACAAUCCUCGUGCUUUGGGUUAUUUAAAAAAUCGUAGUGCUAUUGUUUAUGAAAAAAAACGACAUUUGCUGCAUGACACUGAGGUUAUACACCCUUUCAGCGUCUUUAGACGUUGGUGGGACUUUUUUAUUUUCAUCAUGUCAAUAACAAGCCUACUCUAUGUCCCUUAUCAAGCUGCUUUCGACAUCACCAGGACCCUUAGAUACUGGACAAUAACAAAGAAUAUAUUACUUCUAAUAUGCUUCAUUGACAUUAUUCUAAACUUUAUGACAGGAUAUUUUAACAAAUCUAGAGGAACCGUAGAAAUGAAUAGAAAAAAAAUUUCCCGUAAUUAUAUCCUACAUGAUACAUUUAUCCCUGAUGUUAUUGGUUCACUACCAACAGAUCUAUUCUUUCUACGUGCUUGGAACGAUUGGAUAGUAGCUCGCGAGGUGGCAAGCCUUGUCCAUAUAUUCCGACUACCAUCAACUCACUCUUACAUCAUCAGAAUAGCUGAAAUGUAUGAGUUACCCAGAGGAUACUUUGGCAUGAUCAGUUUCAUUCCAUUAUUGAUGAUCAUCCUCCACUGGUUGGCAUGCAUCUCCUGGAUAGUACCAAUAGCAUCAGCAUCAUUAUCAACAAUAAAACAACCUAGUGAAUUGUCAUGGAUUAAUACUAAUAACUUGUGGAAACAAAAGGAUGAUAUUUGCUACUGGCAUUGCCUCGUUCGCACGAUUACAAUUUUAACAAGAUCAGGCGUUUCUGAGACAGUCUUUGAUGAAGAUCAAUACACUGCGGUUGCAAUGCAAGCUGUUUGUGUGUUGGUGUCAUGUUACAUCGUUAGUCAAGCCAUGCGGCUUUUUAAAGCUGACAAUAGUUCGAAACUCAAGUAUCAAGCUAUUAUUGCUCAACUAAAGCAAUAUAUGAGACAUAAACAGUUACCAAGAGUUGUCCAACAACGGUUCUUGACUUAUUAUGAAUUUAAAUAUCAGCAUAAAUUUUUCAGAGAGUCUGAGAUACUUAAUACUCUAUCAGCACAGAUGCGUCAAGAAAUUCGUAUGCAUUUGUGCCGGAAAUUGGUGGAGCAUGUUGAGAUUUUUCAUAACUUACCAGUAUCAUUGUUGACCCGAAUUGUUGGUCAAUUAAAGUCUGAGGUAUUUUUGACAAAUGAUGUGAUCGUGAGAGCUAAAGAACCAGGAGAUUGUAUGUAUUUUAUAGCAACUGGUACAGUAGCUAUUUAUACAGACUCAGGAAAGGAAAUUUGUCACUUGGAAGAUGGUGCAUAUUUUGGUGAGAUUGCUUUGGUGAUGCCUGAGGUCAGGGUCGCAACAGCAAUAGCAGUGGAGACUUGUGAAUUAUAUCGAUUAGAAAGAAGUGAUUUUAUGAGGACUAUUUAUCCAUACCCUAUGCUAUGGGAGAGAAUUAAAAAUAUUGCGAUUGAGAGACAUGAGAAGACUAAGAUCAUUGAUGCACGUUGAUACAUCAUCUAGAUGUCGCUGCAUGUUGAUGAGGA